CACUUCCCUUUGGACACUUCUCCAAGUCUCCUCUGCCCAUCUCUAUCCCUAAAUCAUAUACUUCCCCUUUCACCCCCACUGAAAUUUCCCAUUUUUCCAGGGCUGUCAAUGCCAAUAUUACACCUUCUUCCUUUUGUUCUCACCUAGUCAUCUAUAAGCAUUAAUCAUUGCAGAUAUUUAUUCUUUUUUAAAUUUAUUUUUUACUUGUUCAAUCUGGGAUUUUGCAGAUACACUGUUUUUUUCUCCCCCUCUAUUUUGCUCACAAGUGUAUAAAUGCAGAGCCUCCAUGAGUUUUAGUCCUUUUGGAUUGUUGGGUCUUCUCCUUUUCUUUCUCCUUGCCAUCGUUGACCAGUAAUAUUGCCCAAAGGUUGAAUCUUUCUGCCCGGAUCAUGUGCUGGUUUAGUUUGAUUUGGUAGCAAAUCUGAAUAGGGUUACUGUUGUUUUGUAUUCUUGUAUUUUGUUUUUUUAAAAAUAAAAUAAAAACACUGUUGGGAGCUUAAAAAAAUUGUGACUUUCUUUGGCCUGUUUGAGUUGUACUUGCAUUAUUGAAUUUUUAUAGGGUAUGAAAUGUGAGGCCUUUCUGUUUAGGAAUCCAUGGAUGUGACCCUUUUUUCAUAAUAGGGCAUUGGGCGUGAAAAUUUCCCCUUCCAAAUCCCCUUUUUGCAAGAUUUGUGUUGCUCCCAUUUGAAAUCUUGUGGUUUGAUUCAUUUGUUGAGGGGUGGUUUCAAGAAUGGCUACUCUGGUGCCUGGGGUUCUUCUGAAGCUGCUUCAGCAUAUGAACACAGAUGUGAAAGUUGCAGGGGAGCAUAGGUCAUCUCUGUUGCAAGUGGUGAGCAUUGUUCCUGCACUGGCUGGGGGGGAGCUUUUCCCUAACCAAGGCUUCUAUUUAAAGGUAUCAGAUUCCUCUCAUGCCACUUAUGUCUCUUUGCCUGAUGAACAUGAUGAUCUCAUCCUCAGUGAUAAGAUUCAAUUGGGUCAGUUCAUACAUGUUGAGAGACUUGAAGCUGCCUCUCCUGUGCCUAUUCUUAGGGGGGUUAGGCCUGUCCCAGGGAGACACCCUUGUGUUGGCACCCCUGAGGAUAUAGUUGCCACUAAAUCUUUAGGUUUCCUCAAUGGCAAUGCCAAUUUGUCCCCGGGAUCGAAAUCGAAAUCUAAAUCUCAAUCAAUGGUGAGCCACAAUCAUGUUGGAGGGAAGGAUAGUAAAUCUGGUGUUUUGAGGUUGAAUGGUAGUGCCAAAGAGGAGAAAACCGAAAAGAGAACACCUGUGCUGACUAAAUCCAAGUCUCAAUUGUCCAAGCUCACACUGAAUUUAGUUGACAAGAAGGAGAUGUUGGUGAAGUCGAAAUCAUCUAGCUCGAAAUCAAUACCUUCGUCUCCAACAAGUUGUUACUCGUUACCGAAUUCUUUUGAAAAGUUUGCAAACGGGGUUAAGCAGCAGGCGAAAAUCAAGGGAUUGGAGAGGUUGGAGAAGGCAACUGUAAAGCCUGGGUUGGGAGAGAAGUCGAGUUCAAUUCGUGGGACAAGUCCAACAACAAAAAGGGCGGUAAGUGGGAAUUCUGCAAAGAAUAUUGUUCAAGUGAUUGAGUUGGGGCCUAAGGCCUUGAGAAAGAGUUGGGAAGGGAACAUGGAUGUCAAGGGUAGAGAAAGUCCCAGAUUGAAGGCUAUCAGACGUGACUUGAAGCCUGAAGCUCGGAGUACUUCGACUCCAAGAAAAUCAACGAGUGAAAGGAUGUCAUCUAGGGAAGAAAGUAAGGAAAUUUCUGUAAAAUCAUCCAAGGAGGAAAGUAAGGGACAUACAUCUACUAAAAGGAUUUCUACGAAUGGAGAUCCUGUUGAUGUGGAGAAGUCCAGCAAGCUAAAAACUUCUUCUGGGAAGAAGUCAAGUGGGGAGGUCAACAAUGGAUUGCCCGGAAAUUUGGUCAAAGUUUCCAUCAAUAACAGGAGAUUGACAGAUGGAAGUGUUUCCUGGUCUCCACUGCCGUCUUCUCUUGCAAAGCUUGGAAAGGAAGUUCUGAAGCACAGAGAUGCAGCUCAGAUGGCAGCAAUUGAGGCAAUACAAGAGGCUUCAGUUGCCGAAAGUUUGCUCAGAUGUUUAAGCACGUAUUCUGAACUGAGCUCUUCUGCAAGUGAAGAUAACCCGCAGCCUGCAGUAGAACAGUUCUUGGCCCUACAUUCUAGUUUGAGUAACGCUCGGCAGGUUGCUGAUGCUAUUGCCAAGACUGCCACGGCAGGGUCCUCGUCAGAUCAGGAAGAAAAGCCUCCUUCUGAAGAAGCGGAAAAGGUAGUGUCAGAGAGAUGCAAACAGGCAGCUUCAUGGGUCAAUGCUGCGUUAGUUACCAAUCUGUCGUCCUUCUCGGUGUACAGCAAGCAAGCGACCUCUGGUCAAAAUGCCACUUCAGCUCCCGCUCCAAGCCCGAACUCCGUCCUCGGGAAUCAACCCGUAUUAGUCCUCGGGAACACCGGUAAAAGUUCAGCUGCGAAACCACAAGCAAAAUCCCGCCAGUCAGUCAGUUCCAAGAACGCCCCUCCAGGAACUCAACGUAGGCAAGCAGAUGGGUUAGCGGUGGGUCAGAAACCGAAAGCCUUGCCUCCAAAAGAAUGGGCGAGAGGGGAUGGCCUUGACGAGGCAGUGGACCUGGCUGAGAUGCUGCGAGUCGAGUCCCAAGAUUGGUUCUUAGGAUUCGUGGAGAAGUUUCUAGAUGCCGAUGUGGACGCCUCGGCCCUAUCCGACAACGGCCAAAUAGCGGGCAUGCUCACUCAGCUGAAGAGCGUGAACGACUGGCUGGACGAGAUUGGGGCUAGCAAGGACGAUGAGGACAACGACGAAACAACAACAACAACAACCCACAUCUCCUCCGAAACCAUCGAUAGGAUACGAAAGAAGAUAUACGAGUACCUGCUUACACACGUGGAAUCAGCUGCAGCAGCACUCGGUGCUGGGUCGCAGCCAUCACCAACACCAGAAACCAAAGCGAGAAGAUAAAAUUUCAUUCCGUUGCAUAUGUUCAUACGUCUAUACUCGAGUUUGCUUGCCCGUAUAAAAGUGUGCAUGAAUAGCGAUGCCCUUAAGCGGCUAGGUGGUCAGAGGGGAACAUACAGGUUCAGGAAAUGUAUAUAUAAACUUGAAUGCAGGUUUGUGGGAAUGUCAGAGUAGCCAUUGUUGUUAAUCAUCUGUUUUUGUUUCCUUUACAAACAACUAUAUUUGAUUCUUAAACUAUACACAAGAGAAAAACUGUGUAGAAGAGGUAAAAUGGCCUCUCCUUGUGUUGUGAUUCUGGAUUUGUUGCUGCAGUGAGAUUAAUUGCUUAAUUUACACCAUUUUUGUAUGCCA